GGGGAGCGGCAUGAGCGCGAGCGAGAGAGGGGCGAAUCAGUGCGCAGCGAUUCACGUAGCGCGCGGCGGUCAGUCGGUAAACGUCUUCCGUGGUGCGCGGAUUCCUGACUCGCGUCGUGAGACGAGUGCGCGCGUGUAUGUUCGUUUGAGCUUCGACGAGCUUCGCAAGCACCCCGCACGUCGCGUUAUCCUUCGUACACGGCAGAAAGCCCGAAGCCAACUGUCUUCUCGCUGGUCGAGGGGACAACGGUCCCGAUGCGCUACUGAUACGAUGCUGUGAAGUGUCAAAAACGUGUCCUGGGCGCGGCGACUCCGGCGGAAGGAAAAACUAUCAAGCUGGCCGGCAUGUGCACGCAGUCCUCCCGCGGCACUGCUGCUGCUCUUGUCAUCCUGGCGAUGUUCCUCUGCCGGAUUUGCUCCGCCGAGAAGCAACCGGGAUCCUCGAGGGGACCCGUCUUGGAAACCUGCAACAUCACCGCCGAUGGACGCGAGUUCACCUGUCGCGGGGCUGGAUUCCUCUCCAUCCUCGAGCCCCUCGAUGCCGGCGUACUUCCAUCCACUGUCAAUCUCACCAAACUAGACCUAACGAGCAACAACAUAACAGACAUUCCAGUCCGUGCCUUCCAUCGAAUUUCCAGUCUUGAAGUGUUAUUACUCCGACGAAAUCGUUUGCACACGAUCGCCGACGAUGCAUUCACAAACUUAACGAGCCUUCGAGUAUUGGAGCUCGAUGACAAUUAUUUAACAAAAAUUCCGACCGCGAUCGUAAACCUCUCUGGCCUUGAAGACCUGUCCCUCUCCAACAACCGCAUCGAGACCCUGGAGGAGCGCGCCUUCCAAAGCGCUGGCAAUCUGCUGUCCCUCGACCUGCGCGGGAAUCCCAUCAAGGAAAUACACGGGAACACCUUUCGAAACCUACGGAAGCUCCGCAAGCUGAUCCUCUCGAACUUGAAGGAGUUACGAACGUUUCCAAACCUGAACGGAACACGAUCGUUGGAGAUACUGAGGUUGGACCGUGCCCAGGUGACCAACGUACCGGCCGAUCUUUGCGAGCAGUGUCCAAAAUUGAAAAGUCUGGACAUGAAGUCGAACUACCUCACGGACCUACCCGACCUUCGAAACUGUAGUGAUCUGCGCGUCUUAGAUUUGGCCAGUAAUCAGAUCUCCUCGUUGCUGGACGAGCCGUUCCAAGGACUACGUAUGCUGCACGACCUCCUCAUCUCCAACAACAAGCUGCGAGUCAUCUCCGGCGACGCGUUCGUCGGCUUGCCGAGGCUGCAGGUGCUAGACCUGGAGAGCAACUACAUAGAGUACAUACAUCCCGACGCGUUCAAGGAGACCAAGCAUCUGGAGGACCUAAAUCUCGGGAACAACGUGUUCCCUGCCCUGCCAACCUUGGGACUCUCGGGGUUGCUGCACCUCAAGACCUUCAACAACCCAGCGCUCAGAGAGUUUCCCUCGCCCGAUAGAUUUCCGCGCGUCCAAACGAUGGUGCUCUCGUACGCCUAUCACUGUUGCUCGUUUCUCUCCAUGGAGGUGGAGGACCCGGUGACCAAGUCCUCCGUCCAAGAGUCGAUCUUGUUCCCCACUGACAACGAGUUCGACAUGAGUCUGUGGAACUCGAGCUUUUCCGAUAUAUGGCCGCAGCACAAUAACAUGACCGACAAAUUCGGCUCGCAAAUAAAUGAACUUUGGGCUAACUUUGGUUCAGAUUUUACGUACCCUGGUAACCUGCCCUCAUAUGUUGAGGAUUAUUUUGAAGAGCAGAACAGCCGAGCUACGCUGCCAGCUCAGACACUGCCUUCUCACGUUCAGUGCCUACCUCAACCUGGUCCCUUUCUGCCGUGCCAAGACCUAUUCGACUGGUGGACGCUCCGAUGCGGCGUAUGGGUGGUCUUUCUGCUCGCGAUGCUUGGAAAUGGAACGGUGGUGUUCGUAUUAAUAUUCUCCAGGAGCAAAAUGGACGUCCCGCGAUUUCUGGUUUGCAACUUGGCCGCCGCGGACUUUUUCAUGGGUAUUUAUUUAGGUCUCUUGGCAGUGGUAGACGCCUCCACCCUUGGGGAGUUCCGAAUGUACGCCAUUCCUUGGCAGAUGUCCGCCGGAUGCCAGCUGGCCGGCUUCCUGGGUGUUCUGAGCUCCGAGUUGAGCGUUUACACCCUGGCGGUGAUCACUCUGGAGAGGAACUACGCCAUAACUCACGCGAUGCACUUGAACAAGCGGUUGUCGUUGAAGCACGCGGGCUACAUAAUGACAGUGGGCUGGGGCUUUGCUUUGGCGAUGGCUACUCUGCCUCUGUUCGGUGUCUCGGACUACAGGAAGUUCGCGAUAUGCUUGCCGUUCGAGACGAACGGCAACGCUGCUCUCACGUACGUGAUCUUCCUGAUGCUGAUCAACGGUGUAGCCUUCCUGAUACUGAUGGGAUGCUACCUGAAGAUGUACUGCGCGAUCAGGGGUUCCCAGGCGUGGAACUCGAACGACUCUCGCAUAGCGAAGCGAAUGGCGCUGUUAGUGUUCACGGACUUUCUCUGCUGGUCCCCCAUAGCGUUCUUCUCCCUGACGGCCACCUUCGGAUUGCAGCUGGUCUCCCUGGAACAGGCGAAGGUGUUCGCCGUGUUCGUACUACCGUUGAACUCCUGCUGCAAUCCGUUUCUAUACGCGAUCCUGACCAAGCAGUUCAAGAAGGACUGCGUGCUGAUAUGCAAGGCGAUCGAGGAGUCUAGAGUGACUAGGGGGAUCGGCAGAUGCCGGCACAGUUCAAAUUUCAGCAACCGACAGACCCCGGUGAACACUAACAGCCUGGUGGACAGGUCCUCGCGCGACAAUCAGACGCCCUGCGCGUGCAACGCGAGACUAUUGGAGACCGGACAGUGCUCCGGUUACCGACGAUGGGGCACCAGAAUACUGUGGCCAUGCGCGAAGAACCCUCGGCCGCGUCACGCGCGCAGCGACCAGUACGCUUACCAGAUCGCGGAGAUCCAACAGAAGCAGCACAAAAGAGCCUCCUCGGUCUCCUCCAGCGAGAACUUCUCCUCGUCGAGAUCGGACUCUUGGAGGCAGACCCACCAUUGUGGAAUCCCGUUGCGGCUGCUAGACCCCAAAAGAAGGGCGUCGUCCUGGCUGAUCACCAGGAAACCGUCUCAAGACUCCAAUCUCAGUUCGUCUAGAAACGACUCGUCCGGUUCCGCCACCACUGCUAGCACCAGCACGUGGAGGAUAUCCAGAUCUAGCGCGUCGUUGGAGAUAAACGCGCGGAACACGCCCAGACCGGCCAGGUCGAAGCCAAGACUGACGCGUCAGCUGGCGAUCCAGGAACCAGAACCACCGGGAUCACCUAGCAGACUAGCCGUCAGGCUACUCGCCACGAUACCCUCCGCGGCAGAGACCAGCGAUCAGCAGGACGACGAGAACACGCCACAGAAUUAGAGAUAUUGCGUACGAGUGCGUGUGUGUAUGCCACUGUGUGUAUGUGCGUAUACCUUUCAGGGAUUAGUCGAUCCUGAAGGAUCGUAAGACCGGGUCUCGUUGCUCCUGAACGGUUUCAGUAUUAGAAGAGUGGUAGUUGACGAGUGUGAUCGCAUGCUGGAGCUUUGGAGAAGCAAGGGACAUUGGCGAAGAGAGGAAUGUUAUAUCGUAAAAUUACUCGCGCAAGUUUUCGUAGACAUCGUAGACGGUCCAAGGCCAAGAUAGCGAAAGACCAAUCUACCUUUACUGACCGUCCGUUACACGCGCAGAUAAGCGAUUCGAUUGCACCCUGAGGGUGUAAUCGACGCAUCCAAUAGUCAUAUUUGUUAAAUACUGCCAAGGAUUACAGUGUCUCGGGAAACAAUAGCCUAUCGCAAGACUCGAAUCCGUUGUUUACGAGAGACUGGUUCUGUAUCUUUGUUUCAGAUACGGUGAAUCCCAUUUUCACGUGACAAAAUCAGCACUGCCAAGUUGCGGGGAAUCCCCAGCACUGAAUAAACAGUGUAAUGAUUCUAAAGUAAUGAUUCUAUUGCUUGAGAGAUAAACAAUCGUCACUUGAAAACGUGAAUCACUGUAAGAGACGAAUCCAAGACGAUGUCUCUCUUUGAAAAAGAUGAUUCCUAGACUGGUCAAUUUUUUUAGUGGGUUUUAGCAUAAAAGAGACCUCGAAGACCGUAAGUUUAAAUCCGUGACAUUGGAACUCGACGUUCUGUAUAGUUUUGGAUUAAGAAUAGAACGAUGAAGUAUUUAUUGAUAAAUUAAAAGGAUACACGACGUGUUUGUUUUCUUUCUUUUCGCGAGGAAAUCACUCGGCUCCGCCGCUGAUGAGCGCUUCUAUCGAAAAACGCGUGAACCGUUCGAGAGGAAAUCUUCUGUCGCUAGAUCAGUAUUCAAGGAGGGAUCCGUUGUAUAAUAUUUCGAUUGUUAAUAGGUGCGUUUGCGUUAUUAUAAGACUGACGGUUUAUACAAUUCGUCCCGUAAACUUGUAACCGAUUUCUAGCUGAAAAUCGGGUCACGUAACGUACAGGGUGUCCUAUAUAAAAUGUUACAAACGGUUUCCUUGGGAACUAACGAAGCUUAAGGUGGAAGGUGUUGUUAAUUUUUUACUAGAUUCAAUGGACUUCCUUUUUCCUAACAACGACCGUUGUUAGUUUCUAAGAAAACGACUUGUGACAUUUUGUACGACAUACCCUGUAUAUGGUUCGCAACAAGUUCCGCAAUACUAGUAAUAAACGAUUAAUUCUCGAUUAAUUUAUUGAUUAAACGAUGGUUUGUUCAUCGCUACGGUGGUCGAUAAAUUCUCGAGUAAACUGUGAUCACAUUUAACAGAAAUUUGAACAUCUUUUGCUAACCAUUUUAUAUAUCGUAUUGUACAUAGAGUUAUCGCAACGACAUAAAUAUCCGAAAGUUUAUUUAUUACGAAGUGUGGAAAGAUAAUAUUAUACAGAACCGAUGGGGAAUAUCAAACGUUGACUGUAAUCGUUGAACAAAUUACCCAUGAUUCAUUUUUCUAACUACCUCUGCAUUGUGAAUACUUAAGGUUUUGAGUCUUAUAUAUUUAUUACAUAACCGAAAGGAUAUGAUUAGUAUAGCUAAGCUCCGGCGAAACAACGUAACAUUAAUUUAUCAUCUAUGAAAGUUACAAUAUCAAUGCAAAACAACUGCCAACAAGUUAACGUACGUAAUUAAUCGUUAGUUUAAUAGACGAUACAGAAUAAUAGUUACUAGGAGUAAUAUCAUUACAAUUACAAGUUUUAAAGUUCAUCUAGAAUGUUAAAAACAAAAGCUAUCGCAAUGGCGAAGCUCUCUGAGAAUUUAUGGACCACCUUAAUAAUCGUGGAGAUAAAAGAUUCGCAAGUGCAGCUAAGUUAAUCGAUUGUUAGGUUACAGUUAGAUCGUUCUAGCCUAAAAAUUAUUAUAAGAUCGUUAUACAGGGUGGCACGAAAACUAUCACCGCCAAAGUGUCCGAGUGUAAGAGAGCUAUUGCGAAACACUAGCGCCAAUAAGAUGUAGCAUAAGUCUUGUCGACGCUACUGUUUCCUUGUAGUCAAUUCUGCAACAUGUAACUUUUCUUAGAAUCUCUUUCUAACUCUUGUCGCUCGUCUGUGGUAUUUUGAUGACCACCCUGUAGUGUGCAAAUGUUUAUACGCGGUAGAGACGCUUAUAGUAUUACCACUUACCGGACUCGUUCUGUUGUUGAAUGCGUUGAUUCGUUUCUUCGCCGUUUUCGUUGUUUUCACAGCAACCGUUUGCUGCAUCCAUUUUUUUUUUUUUGAGCGUCGUUUCGCCUGCUCGACGAACGCGAUUUGCGUGUGUGUCCGAACCGAACUAUUUAAUAACGUUUUUCUAAUAAAACUGUGCAUUACGAUAAAACAGGUUGUCGAAACUUCAUUGUCGUCGUUCCUGUGAAACAAAAAGCGACUUGACGACGAGUAGCGAUGGAACCGAGCGUAUCGCAAACAGUGUCAACGCACGGUGGACAUACUCGUGAGACUGAAAAGAUAAAAACAAGGAGCCGUUUUAACAGCAUUAUGGGCUCCUCGUUAAAUUUAUCUCCUUUAUUAAAACGGCACUGGAUUGGAGUUGACUCUGCCGAUUUUCUUCGUUGGAAUUCCUUUAUUUUUGAAAAAUCUGUCUGUCGCGAUACAAGGAAGGAAGACCUGUCUCGCUUUCGAAGCGGCGACCAACAAUAUAAUAGUAAUCAUUAUUUAAAUACUUAUCUAAAAUAAAUUCGACUUUGAAUAGUUCAACGUGGUUGUCGCGAAUACUUGUGUCCACUGGCCAAAAAUAUCAGACCACUUGUUGUCGUUCUCGAAAUGAUAACUUGGUAGUUGUUUGAUAACGAUAAAUAACUGUCCUAACGGGUGUUUAGAUGAAAAAUAAUCAGACAAUGUGGUAUACAAUUUGUUCCUUUAUUCGUUUGUUUUCGAGAAAAACUAUCUUAAAGAUUGGAUGGGGCACGCCGUUGCGACGCCAUUGCGACGCCAUUUUGGAGAGCUACCAACGUUGUGCACAUUCAAGUUGGUUUUUCUCGACGAGGAAGUAAUAUCGAGGUAUGAUCUUAUAUUUUUGGCCAGUAGCGUAUAUAAAUAUUCUGAAGUAACGUGUACCACUUUCACACUGUACAUGCAUUUUUACCUCUCUCUCUCUCUCAUAUAUACACGCAUACUCUCUCUUUCAUUCUGUCUCUAACAAUAAUCAGUAACUCACUGUGAUCUUACUGUUUAGGUUAGGACGCUACUCACCGAUCCACCAAGGAUCUCCCUCACUCGUGUUCAGUUUUCGCUUUUCGUAGGUACAGAAAACACUCAGAGUCCCAAAGAAACGUCUACUUUUUCAAACGAAAAUCGUCGCGAACUCCGUGGACUGAAUUAUUUUAUCGAUUGCAGAUGAACACGGUCCCGAAAGCGUAAGGAUUAAAAGCAACGCCAGCCGCCAAACAAUUUUUCGCAAUCGGAAACAAGCUGCGAUAAUUGGUACUUAACGGGUCGAUACGAAGUAAGACACUAAACGAAGCUGACACAUUUUAUUCUCAUACAUUUGUCUGAUGUUCGCUCUGAUUACACGUUCCUACACGCUGGUCUCUCCAAUUAUUAAUUAAUUCUUAAUUAAUUAUUAACCGAGCCUAGAGAAUCGUGUAGAUACUUUCGAUCACGUAUUACGCGUGUACGUUAAUCGAAUUUGGUCCACGAAACUUCAGAUUUCUCCGUCUAUUGCUCUCUUGUACGAUACACGUUCUUACAUAAUUUUCUAUACGUAACAAUCUUCCGCGAGUCGAAUAUUACACUUAAAAAUGACAAAAACCGAGAGAACCUCUCGACGACGAGGGGAUAAUUCUUCAAGUUGCGAACAAGCUAUUUCAUUAUCAUUUUGAAUAUGUAAAUCUUUGAAACGCUUUUAAUAACCAAUGUAAUUGCUUGUUCCCUACGGGAAGAAUUACUUUGUUACAAAUUAUUGAUUUAGCACGCUGUCUUUCGGACAAGCUUUUAUCUUUCAUGGCAGAAUAGAGGGAUUUUAAGUUACGUUUGCGAAAGUGUAGGAUGAUACAAUGCCCAAUGCCUGAAUCAGUCGAUUUACUUUCCAGAUCGCAUAAUCCCGCGGUUCGUUCGAUCAGGCCCCUGAGAUACAAAUGUGUCAGUUUGCCAACUGGGAGAGAGGAGCGAACUAAAAUUGUUAACCCGAACAAUAAGAAGCCGGCAAAAGGAAUGCGCGUCAUCGCGUAAGAAACAGAGGGUUUGCACGUGCGAAAGACUAUUGGCGCCAGUUUUUUUCUCUCGUAAACAAUAAGCGUACUUCUGCUCGCGAGGUUACGUCUGACUCAGAAUCGAACGUAAAUUAAGAAAUAAAAUUUUGCAUCGAUCGAAGACUGCUAAAAACUGUGUAAAUAAACUGAUGUCAACAAUGUCUGCAUACGUGGAAACCCCGCGGAACGCUUCGGAGGAAGGUUAAGCUUCGUUCCCCGCGAAGGGUGGGGACGCGUAUAGUCGCAAUGGUCAACCAAAUCCACUAAUCUUAACCAGGUAAAAUUGUAAUACACGCCAACGUAACACAUGAAACGGGUACAUCGGGUAGCACAAGAGAAAAUAAAAGCAGAAGUAUAAUCGUAGCUUAAUGGUUCCCUAAGGGCGGUGCAUCGUGCAUCCAGGAACCGAGUAAAAUGAAAUCGGGUAACAAAGCGUUUGUGUGAAUCCACCGUGGCUUCGGUUUCUCCUCUGAACAUUGGCCAGGCUCGUUCGACUCUAGUCGUCCUUCGCUCGAGGAGAAACAGACCCACGGAAGUAAAUCGUUGCGAUGACUCCUAACAGAAUUGCCUAGCGACUUUGCGCAUCGUGUGACAACGUUGACGAAACUCGGGUAAAUACUUAUCACAUUAUCCCUUACACGUAGAUACAAGUUUCAGAGAGUUCCAGCCUCACCGCGUUUAAGCUUCUACGCGUGUAGACGUAUAUAUUUAAAAAAAAAAAAAAAAAAAGAAUAGGAUAAGAAACCGCUUUAUCAGUGUCACUUGCCGCGCUGAGCGAAGAAACGGAGGGCGGGGGGAAGAGGAAUCACGUAACAUACGUAACGGGGAAGCAAUAAUAAGUUAAUUCUAAUUCUCUAAUCUCUAAAAAUGAAGUACAACAAGGUGUCGCGAUACUAUAGUAUAGUUGGGAUAUUUAAAAAAAAAGUAAACGACGCACGAGUUAACCCUUUGCACUCCUGAAGGCAACUGCCCAGGCACUUAGAGUCGUUCUACUAUAAUUAAUAAAAUAAAUGUAAUAUUCCCAUUAAAUUAUGUUACUUCAUAUAUACCUAUGUUUAGUUGAUAUAAACUUAAAGUUCGAGAAAAGGUCGUAAAAACUAACAAAUUGUCGAGAUUCCUAAGGAACGAACUGUCCUUGGAGUUCACUACACACGCUUAGCCCAAUAGCUUUGGAGUGCAACGGGUUAAAAGUCGGAACGCGACCAUAAAAUGCCUUCUCGAGUCGUGACGUUGUCUAUUAUACGGGGUAAGCACAAUUUUCGUCGCGCUUUUUUCGUCUCCUUUCCGCGCUGUUAUAAUCCCCUGAGGUCCUGUUGGGAUGUUCGGUAUUCGAACGGCUUCGGAAUCCGCCGACUGAUAUACACCUAAUAAUACUUGGAAGUCUCUUAAUACAAAUUCGUCUAAAAAAAGUGAGCCUUGGUAAACGUAGCCUUAGAAAUUAUUGCUUUGCAACGACGCACUAUUUACAAUUCCAUCGGUCUUGAUAUAGUAAAGCUGCUGGACCUCAAAGGAUUAGAGUCGUAGACUGAUUAUUGUACCUGGUGAUCCCAUGAGCGAUGCCGAACAACGAGAUACGUGGAAAAGGUUGAAGAUGAGCUUUGCGUCGGUACAUUCAUGAAGUUAGAGACAACCUGAGU